UAUAAAAAAUAUGUUUUCCUUCUCAUUCUCCUCCCUCCUACAACUCAAGGGAAUGGAAGAGUUAUUUUUCAAGGCCCCGGUGAGACUUCACUCUUUCUCCCCUCCCCCACUCCAUUAUCACUUUACCUGGUUGUGAGCGUGUGUGCGUGUUGUGCAGCCACACCCGGCUACUCUGAAUCCACCAAUCAGCUGCUCUAAGAGCCAGAAAGCCCAAGGAGGUGUACUUCCUGUGUUUGGUGAGCGAAGAAUGGGGCAGGAUAGCACAGCCAGCGACUUGUGUAUUUUUGUUCCUGGGAGUUUCAUGCUGCAGCUAAGGGGAGGGAAGACAAGCAAACGUAGUGGACAAGACCCUGCUAAAUUUUUGUUUGAUUUAUGAGACAGCAGUUCAGUGAGAGCGGCUUAUAGAGGACAACAAGGCACAAGGGGGCUGAAGGAGGAGGGGAGAAGAUAAGUGUCAAUCUGUUGAGACUUGUUUGGGAAUUUGAAGAAGUAAGUAGGUGGGGAAAGCCAGAGAAGGCAGCGAGGAAGUAGAGGAGAGUUCAGGCAUAAACAUUAGACUUUUUCACCAGUGUUAAAUAAGUAGCUUCAUUUUGUAACACGUUUGAGAUUUAAUAAGAUAUCUAGGACAAUGUGAAAGCAGCGAAUGCAUACUUGUGUCUUGUGCAAUCCCCAUGUUUGAGAGCUGAGCAGGACCGGGGGGAGACUAGCUCUCCCCAGAACUUCACAUUCAGGUUCUCCAAAUUAUGGUACUAUGGGGACCAAAAGGUCAAGCGGCACCCUAUUUGACACUUUAUCAAAUAUAAAGACGUGUGACCGUAACCUUCAGCCAGGCGGAAGAAUCUCCAGGGAUUCCAGUCCAAGGCCAGCCAUACCUGCCCAGUCAGAGCGGGAAAGCAGCCGAGAGGAAGAGAGACGGAGAGAUCGGGAAGUGAAGAAAAUGAAAGACAAGUCCAGGUACAGGGAUACGGACCCCCGUGAGAGAUACUAUGAACGAGACCGAGGCCCCGUGCCCAGGCUGAGGGAGGCUGGGCGAGAAAAAAGGCAAGAGGACGAGAGGAGGAAUGGGAGGCCGCUGUCGACUGUAGAGAGGGAGACUGAAUGGGAUGUGAAGAAAGAUGACACGUUUCCCAGGAUGAGAAGAAGCCGUGAACGGGAUGAAGGACAGGAGCAGAGGCACCAAAGAGAAAAGCCAAGAAGGACUGAGAUGGACAGCAGAGAGCAGGGGAAAGAGAGCACUCCGCUGAGGGAGCGGGAAAGAGGUGAAUGGAGAAACUAUGAAAAAUCCAGGCAAAGAUAUCAGGAGUCCAACCCUGCUGUCCGAGACCAAAGGAGAGACCUGAAGUCAUGGGACUCACGGGACACAAGAGAGAGAGAUGAGGCAAGAAGAAGGCAAAACUUGGGAGGGAGGGAGGCCAGGAUGCCCUCACCGCACAGUCGAAGAGGCAGGGGGAUGCAUCCUGACAGUAGGAAGCAGGAGGGGACCCAUAGGAGAGCUGGAGGGAGGGGAACGAGGAGCGAGGGAGACAGCGAUGAGCGAGAAACAAGGCGGGAAAGAGCGAGGGACAGCAGAGAGCGGGAGGAGUUGACAUAUCAACACAGCAGAAGUGAGGGGGACAGCAAAGGCAGCGCAUCAAGGGAGCGGGACAGAGACAGGCACAGACACAGAGAUGCAUACCUAGUUGGGUGGGGGGAGGAGCGGGAACGGGGGCGACACAGGGAGGGCGGCAGAAGAGUGGUGUGGGAGAAGGGAGGACGGUCCGGCGACAGGAGAGAGGAGCAGCGCGACAGAGCGCACGGGCCGUGGAAGGAAAGGCAAAGACAGGAAAGAGAGGCUGACCCUAGGUGGGAUGACACAACCCUUAAGGAGGCGGCCUCUGGGGAACAGCCAAGAUCUCAGAGUCACGGCGAGUUGAGCAGCGACAUGAACAGUGACAUGCGACGCAGGCGAGGCAGAGACAGCUAUGAAGAGGGAGAGUUGGGGAGGGAAAGUGAACGGGAUGACAAGAAGAGUCCACAGAGAGCAAAGAAAGAGGAGCAAAGGAGAAGUGAGCUAGACAGAAAAGAAAUGUCAGCUAGUGUGCCGGAGCAGAGACGGAUGUGGUUAGAACCACAGAGGGGCAGGAAUAGUACAGAGUCAUCUCUGGAGAACGACUUUGUAGACAGAGAGAGGCCCGUAAAGUGGAAAGAGCGGAGAGGAGAAGAGGGGGGAGAAGCAGAGAGAGGACGUGUUGAAAGUUGGAGAUGCGAGUUCAGGGAGCAGCAGGAGGGGGUAAAUGUAGACAGAGGAAAGGAGGUCCAGGGGGAGUUAGAUCAUCUGUCUGGCAGCGAUGGUGGGAUGGGGGGAAGCUGGCAGAGGGAUACCGAGGGAGAGAGCAAUAGCGAGGAGAGCGAAGGGGGAAGUCAGACAGGGUGGAGGACAGACAAAGACCGAAUCCUUUCAGGAGAGGACGGCUUUGUGACCGUGUCGAGUGGCGAUGAGGAUGAGCGAGAGGAGUUUCUGGACUGUCAGGACUUUUGGGAGGGCGGGGAUGAAGGUGACACCGCCUCUUCUCUUGGCUACGAACCAUGGACGAGGGAGGAAUAUGCCAAUGAGGAGGAACUAGCAGGGGGGGGAAAGAAGCCCACAUACGUCUUUUGUGUAAUUGGGCAAACGUUACCAAAACUGAAGCCUGACACGAUGUCGCCGUCACUCACUGAGCAGGAGGAGGAAGAGGAAAGGCACAACCUCCUUUCAGAAAGUCUUCAUCAUAGAGGCGAUGAUGUCAGCCGGCAACCUCCUGAUGACCUGAGUCUGUCACUGAGGAAGAAUGACGAGCACCUGAUGAACAGGCAACAGGUGGCUGAUAAGGACGGCAACAGGUGCGUAGAGGACAGCAAACAAAGUUUUUCUCCACAAGACGAUCAAAGAAUGAGAGCGAGGAAAGCAGAGGACCCUUACGCCGAAAUUGAGCCCUUUAAAAGGGACUCACAGACUGAAAAACUCCUCAUGAAGUGGAGGGAGAGGAGUAAAGAAAUUGCUGAGAGGGAUGGACUCGCUCCUCUCCCGAGGAAUCCUUACGCCGAUGUCUACUCUCAGUUGACUUUUGAGCAAAUUCUCCCUGCCUUAGAAUUGCUUAACGUUGAUGCAAUGAGCCCAGAAGAGAAAGAGGCCAUUCGAAUCCGAAUGAGCGGUGCGUGGAGCAUGUCUGAGGAGCCUAAGCGGCAUUCGCAAGCCCCUCAUCUUAAGUGGGCCAAAAACGUUGUACGGGAGAUCCUGGGUCACUCGGGGGAGGACGUGAUCGAGGACCCCAGCUCAGGAGAACAAGAGCUCGCUCAGACUGAGGCGGGCCAAAUGGAAAAGGUCCAGCAUAGCUUGAGUGAAGAUGAGCCGCACUCUGAACCGGAGCCGGAGUUGGAGGAGGAAGAGCCAUUGGAGGUGGAGGGGCUUAGAGGUAUGGGGCGGCAAGACAUGCAUGCUGACACAUUUGCAUACACUCACGCUGACACAUUGCUAGACACGGAAAGGAAGGAGGAUCAAAACCUGGUGGUAGAUAAAGAGCGUGAUCCUCGCAAUGAUCUCAAUUCAGAGAAGGUAGCAGUAGACGUGAAAAAGGCUGAGGAGGUAGACUAUGAGGUAAAGAAGUCUGAAACUGAGAAAGAGGAAAUGGAGAUGUAUUUGUCUGUGAGCAACACGCUGUAUAAGCCGAGUAGCUGCCCCAUUCUCAUUUGUAAGUCUCAGUCAGAUCUUCUCAUGCCCUUUACAGAGGGCGAUGAUGAUGAGGAUGAGGAUGAGGAUGAAGAGCUGGAUGAAGCAGGAGAAGAAUGGGAGGAUAAGGAGACGGGUUCUCCAGAGGGUCAAGGCUCACUGACCAUAGCAUCAGAAACUGAUGAGUGUAGCACAGACAGAGCAGACCCGGCAGCGAGGAAACUGGGAGACUCCACUCUGACGAGGACCUGUAGUUUCUGGGAUUUGGGUCCCGAGGCUCGUUUUAGGAGACGAGGCAUCCGUAAAACCACAGAAAGAAGAAACGAAGCGCUUGUAGAGGUGGAAGAGGAGGAAGGUGUUGGAAGGGAUCGCAGAACUCGAAUAUUCACUGCAACAGAUGAGGAUGAUCGCAGUAAAAGCUGGGGAGAGGUGGAGCUGAGGAAUGUUUUGGACACAAUUGGAAGACGGAAAAGGAACUCAAAGUUUUUCAAUCGCGCGCAACUCUACCAGCAGUAUAGUGAGGCAGCCCAGAACUCUGAGAUCCUGCGCCAGUCUCGCUCUGAUGUCCUCUCAGUUAGCGAGGACAGUUUGGCCUCUCCCGCUCCGUCACCUCCUCCGGCCCGUCGACCUCUCCCGCCGCUGCCCCCCGUCCCGCACCCCCACUCCCUGUCCCACACAGGUUCCAUCACCAGCGUUAGAAGCUUGCCUCUGCCCGAGCCCCCAAGGAGUGAGGGCAGGCCCUCGUCCCCGCGCCUCUCCAUAUCGCUCACGCAGUCAGCCACGCUGUGGAGAGAACUGCCGGGCGUCAGGAGCAGCAACGAGCUGGAGGACCUUACGGAGGAUGCGAGGCGCCUUCAGGAGGUGCGAUUUGAAGUGGUGACCUCUGAGGCGUCCUAUUGCCGCAGUCUGGACAUUGUUGUCGAGCAUUUUGUGAAGUCCAAACAACUGGGGUCGUUAUUGACCACCCAGGAUCGGAACUGGCUCUUUUCCCGGUUGGCCGACGUCCGCGCUAUCAGCCACAGCUUCUUGUCAAAGCUUGAGGAGCGGCUGGAAUCGGACAUCAUUCACUUUACAGUGUGUGACAUCAUCGCUCGCCACUGUCAGCGUUUCAAGAUGGUUUAUGUACCCUACCUCACCAACCAGUCCUAUCAGGACGCCACCUACCAGAGACUCAUGAAUGACAAUCCAGGCUUCAAACGCAUUGUGGAAAAGUUAGAGAGGAGUCCAGUUUGCCAGAGACUUCCCCUUCGUUCCUUCCUUGUCCUUCCAUUCCAAAGAAUUACGCGAAUUAAGCUGUUGGUCCAGCUAAUCCAAGAGAGCAAUGACAGCAUCUCCCAAAUGAAAAGCAUCGAGUCAUUGGUGUCUCUCAGUGCCAAGGUGGACUUUGAGUGCAGGACUCUUCCUCUCAUCAGUCAGUCUCGGAGGUUGGUGCGGGAGGGAGCAGUCACUGAACUGAUGGAUUUCUCCCUUAAGGAAAUGGAGAGGAAUAUUUACAUGCACUUAUUCAAUGACUACCUGCUGCUUUCACAACAAAAAGAAGGUGGCAGAUUUACAGUGAUAGACCACGCUCCUGUGGCCGAGCUACGUGCCGAGAACUGUCGCGUCAAACUUCAUUCUCUGCAGAAGAACCUGUUCAGGCUCCACAUGUCAAACAAGUCACUGCUGCUAAGGACCGACACACAGAGUGAUAAGCUACGCUGGAUAUCUGCCCUUUCUCGCCCUCACCCUGAAGUUGAUUUUUCUUCUGCACAAGAUUUCCCACAGAUGCAGUGUAUCAGAGCUUUUGUGGCCCAGCAGCCGGAUGAGUUGUCAUUAGAAAAAGCUGAUAUCAUACUGGUGCAACAAAGCAGUGACCAUUGGGUAGAGGGCACCAGACUGUCCGAUCGGCAUCGUGGAUGGGUACCUGAGUCGCAUUUGGAAUUGAUCAACCACUCCAGGGUCCGACAACGCAAUCUGUCAGAUGCCCUCAAACUCACGACGGCCACAGCUGCAGUAUGAGCGGGACUAUAAAUGAGAGAUUGACAUGAAAAGACUCUCUGGCUUCUGCCUGCUUCACAGUUCCCGUUGGGAUGGAUUGGAGAGUUAACAUCUGUGUCUCUGAAUUUGGAUUUCUGCCUUUUAAAAGGACAGUCUGUCUCUUUGGAGUAAUGCAUGAGUAGAUUAGACCUGGACCUGUGGAAUCUAUGUAAAAAAAUAUCCUCAUCACAAACGGCAUGUGGCCAGAGAGGUUAGGGCUACCCUUAUUUUAGGCCAAGUGCCCCUCUACGAUUUUAGUGCCCCCCUCCCCCCACCGACAAAAUUUUUCUGAGGAUAAAAGUGCCCCUUUGGACUGAAAAAGUGGCCUAAAACGGCCGUGCCACCCCACUUUUUUUUGGGUGCUCCGCUGCCCCUGCGUGUAGCUGUAAUAUCCGUUUUAAAGAGCACACACAAUUUCCCAAGAGAUGUUUUAAGGAAAACAAUACAAUUGUAUGUUGACUACAGAGGAAUAGAUGAGUUCAUGACGCAUAUAUUACUGUAGCCCCUGCAUGCAGGAGACCUUGACAGGGCAUAAUGUAAAAAUGUGGAACUUCUUAAAUGUACAGAACAUUUUAGGUUAUAGAGGGAAUGUUUCAAUAAAUUCAGAUUUCAAUCACGUGUAAACACA